AUGGCUGCCUGUCAAGGCCAAGUUCAUGCCUUCGAUUCUCAGGACCUCGUCGACGUCUACCUCCCAGAUGGCCCUGAGACUAUUAUCAUCAUCUCUCCCGUUUUCCUCAACCAGUCGCUGGUCCAAGUCAAACGUGAGGAAAUAUCCCUCCAGACCCUGCACCAGAGCCUGAGUCUGAAGAGAGUGCGAGUAAAGAAGGAGUCUCGGAGUCCGAGUCUGCGGAUUCUGCUUGGCCCGCCUUGCCAACAGCGCUUGCCCCCACAUCAGCAGUCCCUGACGUAUGAUGUAUCAAAAGGCGACGCAGGGAGCAGUUGCACAGGACUAGCACUGAAGGACUGA